GUUGUUGCUGUUUUCAGACUGAGACAGAGGAGGAAACGUGGACGGCUCUCUUUACCUUCUUUGCCCAAUGUUUAAUUUAUCCGUGUUGAUAGCUUGACAGUUACUAAGCGUUAAUUAACACAAAUAACAGAGUUUAAAAUAUAUAAGUGUAAAAAUGACGGAUCAGUCCUCGUUACUACUACGUAAACAAUUAGCAGAGCUCAACAAGAACCCAGUGGAAGGCUUUUCUGCAGGUCUUGUAGAUGAUGAUGACAUCUAUCAGUGGGAAGUGGUCGUCAUUGGACCUCAAGACACACUAUUUGAAGGGGGUUUCUUUAAAGCCAUUUUAACCUUUCCACGGGAUUAUCCUUUGAGGCCUCCCAAGAUGAAGUUCAUCACAGAAAUAUGGCAUCCAAAUGUUGCAAAAAAUGGUGAUGUGUGCAUCUCCAUCCUACAUGAACCUGGUGAGGACAAGUAUGGCUAUGAGAAGCCUGAGGAGCGCUGGCUGCCAAUCCAUACAGUUGAGACCAUCAUGAUCAGUGUUAUCUCCAUGCUGGCAGACCCCAAUGGAGACUCUCCUGCCAAUGUGGAUGCAGCUAAAGAAUGGAGGGAUGAUCCUAAAGGAGUUUUUAAGAAAAAGGUGGCACGCUGUGUCAGGAGGAGUCAAGAGAUGGCUUUUGACUAAGGACUAAGUCACCAACACAGUUAGAACUACGCAGGUGGUUGAACAACUGGUUACACUUAAGUCAGCUAGGAAGACAAAGAGGCAGAACUGUUGCAGUAUCAACUAUUGACCCAAGAGGCAGAAGACAUCCAUCAUCAGUCCCAUCAAACACUAUUUCUGGUCAAGUGCUAGUAUUCCACUCACAGGAAGAUGAAUACUCUGUGUUAUCUGUACAUACUGAUCAGAUCUUUAGACAAAAUAUUCCCUCUGAUAUAUGCACAGUUUCCUAAACUUAGUUUACUUUGUAUUUACCUAUUUAUUUAGAAUAAGACUGUUUUGAAGAUGCAUAUUGUCUGUUUUUGGAGGUUUGUACUUUUAUUUUCAACCUGCCACACUGAGCCAUCCAGUCUACAGUUAUUUCAUCGAUUAUGCACUUUGAGUAUUUUCAGCCAUUUAAGAGAUGGAGAUACAAACACUGGCUUUCUUUUCCCUGCACAUAUAAAUUGUUGUGCAGAGAAAGUGUUUCUUCUUUCCCUGAAGGGGAAACUUAUCACCCAGCGCUGCCUUAACUUUGACUGCCAGCAAAGGAAACCUAUCUUAAUUAUGGACUCAUCUGAAGGCUUGUUCUGGGUCCAAAAACAACUUAGUGGACAAACCAAAGAGAACACACCAAUAAAUAUAUUUUGUAAUGAACAUACUACAUUUUUUAUCUGUGUAAAUAAAACUAUUUGUUCUUGCUGGGAAAAACUGUAGAUGUUUUUAACAAUGCACAUGUACAGAAAAAAUGUAUACACCAGGCAGUGUGCUGCUGGUGUAGUUCUGUAGCACUUCACUUUUUCACAGAACACAUUUGUGACAUGUCACAGUAUGAAAAGCACAGGUGCACAUAAUAAAAUGAAUGAUGGCUGAAUUCCAUUUAGCUGCUUUGGUUUCAGCAUCCUAUCAUUGUGCAUGCUGGCUCACUGGGACGCUUGAAUAGAAUGUCACCAUUGUUAAUGUUAUUAGUAACACCUAUGCUUUUCAUACUAUGACAACUUCACAUGUCUGCUGUGAAAUCAGAAGGAUCUCCUGAUCAAGAGGGACACAGUGGUUUUUGUGCUAAAUAAGGGCAUUGAUUGAUGAAUAACAGGUACAUAGUUGUACCCACUUUUAAGGUCAAUGAAUGUUAGAUUGUGAAAACAAGAAAUAAAGCUCAGUGUGGA